UAUUCACGACCCCUCCUUCAAUGUUCCCUUCACUCCACUUUCAAACCAUACAUACAGCAAGCCCUCUCUCUCUCUCUCUCUCUCUCUCUCUCUCUUCGAGCUACCAGAGACUUCCAAACCAUACAUACAGCAAACCCUCUCAGACUCUCUCUCUCUCACGCCACCCCUCUCUCUCUCUCUCUCUCUCUCUCUCCCCCCUUCUUCUCCUUCUUCAGUUCUUCUUCUUGUGAUUGUGAGGUGGGAAGGUGCGCGAUGAUGGAUGUGAGCAGCAGCCGGUGUUCCCAUACUUCCCACAUCACCGAAAUCAUCAUCACCAGCUUCUUCCGUCACAAGCUUUGAAUUACCCCCAAAUCCCACACACAAGAAAACAACAAUCACUAUACUAUAUCGGGGUGAAAAUCAGGGCUUCUGAUAUUCACAUACUCUACUUAUGCCAGCUUGAAAAGAAAGAAAGAAAAAAACCCAAAUCCUUUUUUUGGGCAAAUCCAAGCUAUGGCUGGUCGGAGGAUGGCCUACGGCGGCGGUGUUGAUGGUGGUGGUGGUUCUAGUGCGAGUGCUUUUUUGCUUCAAAAUCAAAGGAUUCCUGAUUCUCUCUUCUUUUCUGGGUCUUCCCCUAAUUUUCUUGGUUCAAGGUCCAUGGUUAGCUUUGAGGAUUUUAAUGGUUGUAAAAGACAAGAAAGGCCCUUCUUCCGGUCGUUUGAUCAAGAGGAGAAUGUAGAUGAGGAAUACGAUGAAUACUUGCAUCAACCAGAAAAGAAGAGGCGGCUUUCUGCUGACCAAGUCCAAUUUCUUGAGAAAAGUUUUGUGGAGGAGAACAAGCUUGAACCGGAAAGGAAAGUUCAACUCGCAAAGGAUCUUGGUUUGCAACCUCGCCAGGUUGCAAUAUGGUUCCAAAACCGACGGGCCCGGUGGAAGACAAAACAACUAGAGAAGGAUUACGGGGCAUUGGAAUCUAGCUACAACAGCCUCAAGGCCGACUAUGAUUGCCUUCUUAAGGAGACUGAGAAACUAAAAUCCGAGGUUCUUCACCUCACAGACAAGGUGGUUCUCAAGCAGAAACAUAAGGGUAACACGGAUCCAUCCGAUUCAAACAAACAAUUGCUUGCACAACCACAAGCAUCGGUUGAUUCAGGCAUGCCUUCUAAUCAGGAAGAUCAUAGCUCAGCCAAAAGUGAUGUGCUGGAUUCAGACAGCCCGCAUUAUGUUGAAGGUCACUCCUCUCUCAUAGAACCAGGUGAUUCUUCCUAUGUUUUGGAACCUGAACAGUCGGAUCUAUCUCAGGAUGAGGAAGAUAACUUGAGCAAGAAUCUGUUGGCUCCAACAGGAUACGUUUUCCCGAAAGUUGAACAUGAUUACCCCAACCCACCAACAAAUUCAUGUUACUUUGGCUUCCCAGUUGAAGAACAACCCUUUGGGUUUUGGUCUUACUAGUUUCAUGUAGAUAGUUUAUCGUUGUUGUCGUUAUUUUACGUAUGGUACUCGUAGCUAUACAUAAGAAAUAAAGCCAACCCAUGGCACCACCCUAAACAGAUGUGGUGCUGUGGUUUUGGUAAGGUUUGAAAUGUUGGGUAUUUGCCUCCCUUUGUAAUGGUGUUUUCAGAUGGGGCUGAAGUGAACUUGUACUUUUGUUGUGAGGUAUCUUAAGCAGAAACAUUCUCUA